GCCAGAGCUGUGUUUGUGUGUGUGUGUGAAAGAGAGAGAGCAUGUCUUGUGAGCAAUGUGACAUUGGCUCGUUUGUUUUGCUUUUAUACAUAGAUGGAGAGGUGGAAAGGAGUCACAACAGUCUAAGUGCUUUGGGUGUGAAGACGUGGCAGUCACCUGACCAAGACUCUCCCAAAUUCAAACAGGUGCCAGAUAAACGAAGCUUUCCUGCUGCUGAAGGGGACAGACCUGUAGGCUGGCAAGCUCUGAGGAGAGCCUGGAAUACCAAGAGGGUGUCAGCUUUCCCUGGAGGCAGUCAGUCCAAUGAGCCCCCCAGAGGGACAAGCUCAGAUGCGAACAGGAAGCCCCCUCUGACGAAAACAACCAGCAUAGACCCCCACAAGCAUCCUCCUCUGCAUGGAAACACUUUUGCAGAUGCCUGCAAACCACACACUCUGCUGCAAGGGACAAGCAACACAGAAACAAACAAGUCACACGCUCACAGGACAAGCUGUGUUCAGCCUAUAAGGGCAACAGUCCCACUGUUCACAGCCUCACAGACAAACUCUGCUGUGACAACAAUCAUCCCUCAGAACAAAGCAGGGUUCUCCUCCAUCACCAUCUCCUCCAGGAAAGUGUGCAGAUCGGCUAGUUUGCCUGGCCGAAACCACUCUUCCAACUCCCCUUCUCCACCACUAGCCCACCAACCCAUGGACCCAAACUCCAGGCAGGUCACUGUGCAGAGGAAGGCCACUAUAGUCAAAGUGACAGAGCAGAGGAUGACGUCUGGCCCUAUCAUGAAUGCAAAAAGCACAACCUCACCAACUACCCAGGCUUUUGACACAGUGGUGCUCAGAAGAAAGGCUACCAUCAUCAAAGUGACGGAGCACAGAGAGAGCUAUAGUCCAGCUAAGGCAGGGGCCGGGACCCUGAGGCACCCGGAGUACAGACACAGCUACACAGAGGGAGUGCACAAGAAAAACAGCAUGUGGAGUGAGGGGAACCAUUCACCACACAUUUCAUAUAACCCUGUAGAAUCCAACAAUAUGCCAAACUCUGCUGUAGAACCAAAUACAUUCACCUUAGAGAAAAAUGGUGGGACGUUACACAAAUCCACUCUGAAGCUUCUUGUCAGCAGUCCCCCUGCUAUAGCAGCACCUGAGGUUUCCCCAGAGGCUGUUGGACAGAGAUCAGGCAGGCCGAGCAGACCACAGAGCUGCUAUGGCAAUAUAUUUGGACACACUGAGCCAAGCGAGGACAUUUUGAGAAAACCAGCCACCAGGAAAUGGAGCUUUGGGAUUCCACAACAGACCAAUAUCCAACCCGUGAACUCUGACAGUGUCUUCAGCCGGCCGUCAUCAGCACACGAAGCAGCAGACACACCAAAUGGAGGCCAGAAAGAAAGAUGGCGGUCUGAGAAUUCAGAGAGGAGAGCAUCCCCCAGUUUGACUCUCAUCAAGGCCUCAGAUCCGAACUCGAAUCAGUCUCAAGAGGAAGUGCUUGCUCUCAAUGCAGCUGCCAUCAUAGCAAAUAUCAAACUCCAAACACAACUUAGUAAGAAGAAAACCCCAAGUUGUGAGAAGGGCUCUGCUGUGUCACCCCAAGGAAAUACAGAUGAAGGGAAAUGUAUGAAACCACAUCCAGAUCCAGAUCAAAGACCAAUCGAGAGUCACAACCAGCCCCAUGCUGCAUUUGUUCCACUGAGUCCUGACACUGAAAGGUCACCUCAGACUAUUUCUCUACAGAAUGCACUGCAGAGGUCCAGACCAGACUUCAUCAGUCGAUCCCAGGGCAGACUGCGAGAGCUGGAGCGACGGGCACAGGAGAGGAGGGAGCUGGCAGGAUCUGUAGACCUGUGGUCAGAUGCUGCUGUCAGGCAGAGGAGAGCCCGCAGUGGCCGCUUUACCUCUCUGAACGAUAACCUUUUGAAACCCAGAGAUAGAGCCUUGACUGGGAGAGAGGUGCAGCUGAGAUCUAAGCGAACGCAAGGAGAGGGUAAGAGGAAAAAAGAGGAAGAGAAGAAAAGGGAGGUGUGUUUGACAAACAGACAGCGAGUUGAGCUUUUCAAAAAGACACUGUUGGAUCAGAUUCUUCAAAGGAACAACAGCUGAAAGAAGAUGAAGAGAUGCUGUGACAGAGCCUGUAGCAUUGCAUGGCAGACUGAUGAAGUGACCUUUGCCCUUUGACAGUGCUGAACACAAGAUGAUGUCCUUUUGGCCCUCUUUUGUUUUUCUCAUGUAUCAACAUUUCUCAAGUAACAGAACUUAACAUCUGUUUUUUUCUAUGAGAUAAAUCUAAGGCAAUCUUUCAGAAUGUCCAGACAGUCAUUUAACAUCGCUUACUGUACUGCUGCUUUGAAGGUUUUUCCAGAAUUCUUCUUCACAUCUGGUCAUGCUGAUAUGUUGUACAAAUCCAGCCAUAAGAUAAUUAUGUCCUUCUUAAAAAUAGCAGUUCAAAACAGGGUAGAUUUAUUGACAGGAUUUGUUGAUGCUUUAAGGAUCUUGAAAAUCCAAAAAAGCAUUAUGUUUUGUUAAAUGACCUUCUGGGUUUUUUGAAACAUUGCCAUAGAUCAUUCUUUUUAGAAAAACAGAUGCUUUUCCCUGUGCAUCAGCUGUUUUAAAAGCCCUUGUGGUAUGCAAUUACAAAUGAAGAUGGCAAAAGGAAUCUAUUAAGUCCUGUCCUAACAUUCUGUUUUGGAUAAAUACCACAUUGAGCCCCAUAAACGCUGAUUUGCUUCUGAUAAAAAAACAGUCAUGUCUGCUGUUUAUCGCUGUUAUCUUGUUUUUCACUUGAUUGCAAAUUGCCUUUCUUUCUAGAAUACUUCAAGUAAUGGGAUGCAGAGUAAGCGCUGAUGUCCUCACACAACCACUUUCACAUGAUCUCAUGUGAUGUGGAGCAGUGAUCAGAAACAUUCAUUGUGCUUCACAGUCCCUUCCAGGACACUCUUUAACCGUCAUCCUCAUUAUACAGCAAAUAUGAAGUCUGAAGUGUGCUCUGCUAUUAUCCAGUGCCAGCUAUGAGCUGUAAGACGGAGGAAUAUGACCUCUUCUCACUGGAAAUGCCCUGUUAAUGGACAAUGCAGAUUUGAAUUGAGCUUUUGUCCCUGUCCAUGAUGGACUAAGACGCGCCAUUUUGCAAUUUUAAAAUGUGUGUGAUCCAAAGUGAGAGUGCUAAACAUUGGAUAGUGGUUGGCAUAAAUCAAAAGUGAAAUGUGUGUAUAUUUAUUUUCAAAAUAACAGACAACAGAGCAGACGCUCCUCAUUAUUCCUAAUUGUUUUUUUACUCAUUAGCCUUUAAGUCAGAGUUCCUUCAUAGUCCAGCUGUUUCAUCCAUCUAAAUUUGUACUGAUGUCUUGGAGGAGAACGAUGAUCACUACUGACUGUUUUUGGUGAAUUCUAUUCCAUGUGGGUGUUUUUGGAUGAGAGGAAAUUCAUUUAUACCAGCAGUCAUGGUUCAUAAAUGUUCCUCUCUUUCUAAAAUUAGUAAUUUUAGACUGCAAAGUAGAAUAAAACGUCUAUGAACCAUGACUGCUGCUUAAAGAAAUGAUUUACUGUGCGUUGUUUUGCUAUUUAACUUUACAAAGAAAGUUUCACUAUGCAAUGUCAUUGUUUAAACUUUUAGGUAUGCUAUAUUUGAAUUGAGUUACAUGUUUUCUUUUAUAUAUAUAUUUGAGUUUUAUAUGUUGUUUAUUUUUAUUCCAAACAAAACCAUAAAUGUUUUUCCAGGAAUAAAGAGAUGUAUUUUCCCCAAAAAUGCAUUGACAUAAUAACAAAGAUUAGAUGGAAUCAUUUCCAUGGAGUUAGGAUUUAUUAUUGACUAUUUUCUGUCUUCUCACACUAACAGAAAUCCCCUUUUUACUGCCUGCACUUUAUCUUCCUUCAGGCAUCCUGGUUCUUAAAAAGAGCAAAAGAUCAGCAUUUUUUUUCAGCCUAUAGCCGAAUGUUGGGUUCCAGUCAAAUCAGCAGGCCGGGAAACACUCCUCAGUUGUGUUUCAUUUCGAUUAUUAUUUAAUCCCGAAAGAAGACUUUGAGAAAUGUUGGUUUCUGAGUGUCAUGACAAAAGGCUGUAGCCUACCCCAUAGUUCCUAUUUCAAAAGGUAAAAGCCAACAUUUGGAUGUACUGCUGUGACUUUACCUGACAUCGAGCAUAUCAGAGUUCUCCUCUGUUCGGAGAAAAAAAGCUUUCAGGAACUCAUCCCCAUGUGAACACCUGCCUUAUUUCUGACUGCAUUUCCUCUUGAAGUGGAUGUCUAUGGUGGAUGGCCAUAGUGUCUGAAUGGGUCACAUCUAUACUGUACGUCGAGUAGCUGGCUGUGACUCUCAUGAAUAUAUUUGAAUCAGAUAUCGUAACAUGUAAAUAUAUUCAAAGUCAUACCACUUUUUUGUGUCCUGUUCCGUUCUCAUAAAACAGACACUUUUGUUCACACUAUGCUUAGCUUACUCUGACACAAUAACAACAUGUAUGCACAACAACGAUGAGUAAAAUCUGUGAGUGUGGGCUGUGUAGGCCACAUUAUUCAAAUCUAAGCAUGUGUGGGACUAUCAGCACAGCAUGUG